AUGGUCGGCAUCAAAGCGGCAGCCUUGGCGCUUUUCACACUCCUCGGUCUCGCAGAGAAGAACAGCAACGACAAAUCAGGCGACAAAGUCGGCCUGGAGUGCCUGAAGUACGAUGACAAGGAGCAGACCAAAUGCCGCACUUGGCGAUUCUCCAAGCACGCAGAAGCAAUGGACUUGGAGCGCGAAAAAGCAGACUGCGCGUCGCAAUGCCGGUCGUUGGGAGAGGAGUGCCGCCUGCGCGCGCGAUACGAGCUUAUCGAGGGUGUUCUGGAAUUGGUCGGCAUGUAUUGUAGACCAGUGGCACCGGAGGAAGACGUCAAGAUGCCCGUUGGGGCCCCGAUUCUGCCCAUUUAUCAUGGGGAGUUGUGA